AUAGGGAGGGAAGGUGGAGGUCUCACGCUUUCAUUAUCUCUCUCCCCCCUCCUUUCUUUCUUCCCCUCCCUUUCUCACGCUGCUGCUCCAUGCGGAUGUGACAUUUCACGGAGCCGCCAUUUUGAGAGCCUGGCGUCUCCACACAGAGGCUGAUCAAGCAGGAUAGCUCAGAAGAGGGGUCCAAGGGAAAGAAAGAGCUAGAGGGGAGUAAGUCGUCACUCUUUCCGCCAGCCUCUGUUUCUCCCUUAUGUCCCUCCAGUGAGACUAGAAGCAGAGGUCUCCUUAAAUGAGACUUUGGACAUAAGCAGAGGUGGGGGCUUGCAGUGAAUCAGGCCUGCACCGGCUGCGUUGGGAUCCGACCAAUGAGCAGGGGGAGGGGACCGGAGAGCAGCACGGGAGCUGCGAGGCCCAUUUACUGUUGGAACCUUUCUUGCUCAGUGUAAUUAAUAGCAACCCGCGUGGAGUCUGUGAGCUCCUGUGUUUCUCCACCGGUAGCCGCUCAAGGCCCCGGGGGGAGAAGUAAUCGCCUCCCCCCGAAAUCCCCCAAUCUCACACUAACGGCGCCGAAAUUGGGCGAAUAGCGAGUAAAUACGUGCGCGUUUCUCUGCCGCCUGCGCCCUCUGCUCUCCCCCCAGCGCAUCCCGCGGGAAAGGCCCAGGCUGUUGCUGCUGCGCAGGCCCCGCCGCUGCUUUCCACCCCAUCCCCGCAGUCCCAGCCGGCGCAGCGAGCAGGACUCAAAGAGGACACCGAGGCCCAGCCUAGAAACAUGAACCACCAUCAGCAGCAGCAACAACAACAACAGAAACCCGGGGAACAGCAACUCAGCGAACCCGAGGACAUGGAGAUGGAAGCUGGUGACACCGAUGAUCCUCCGAGAAUCACUCCAAAUCCUGUCAUUAAUGGCAAUGUUGCCAUGGCAGAUGGUCAUAACAACACUGAAGAGGAUAUGGAAGAUGAUACAAGCUGGAGAUCAGAAGCUACAUUUCAGUUCAGUGUAGAACGCUUCAGUCGUCUAAGUGAAUCUGUGCUUAGCCCUCCUUGCUUUGUACGGAACCUUCCUUGGAAAAUUAUGGUGAUGCCGCGAUUUUAUCCAGACCGACCGCAUCAGAAAAGUGUGGGAUUUUUCCUUCAGUGUAAUGCUGAAUCUGAUUCAACGUCAUGGUCCUGUCAUGCACAGGCAGUACUGAAGAUAAUAAAUUUCAAAGAUGAGGAGAAAUUUUUUAGUCGCCGCAUAAGUCAUCUGUUCUUUCAUAAGGAAAACGACUGGGGCUUUUCCAAUUUUAUGGCAUGGAGUGAGGUUACUGAUCCAGAAAAGGGUUUUGUAGAAGAUGACAAGGUGACUUUCGAAGUAUAUGUGCAAGCUGAUGCUCCUCAUGGAGUAUCGUGGGAUUCGAAGAAGCACACUGGCUAUGUUGGAUUGAAGAAUCAAGGAGCAACUUGUUACAUGAAUAGUUUAUUGCAAACAUUAUUUUUUACAAACCAACUUCGAAAGGCUGUGUAUAUGAUGCCCACUGAAGGUGAUGACUCCUCCAAAAGUGUCCCUUUAGCAUUACAACGAGUAUUUUAUGAAUUACAACACAGUGACAAGCCUGUAGGAACUAAAAAAUUAACGAAAUCUUUUGGGUGGGAGACGCUAGACAGCUUUAUGCAGCACGAUGUCCAAGAAUUAUGUAGAGUGUUACUGGAUAAUGUUGAAAACAAAAUGAAAGGCACGUGUGUCGAGGGAACCAUACCCAAGUUAUUUAGAGGAAAGAUGGUGUCUUAUAUACAGUGCAAGCAUGUUGACUAUCGGUCUGAACGCAUAGAAGAUUAUUAUGAUAUCCAGCUAAGUAUAAAGGGAAAGAAAAACAUAUUUGAGUCCUUCAUUGACUAUGUAGCAGUGGAGCAGCUUGAUGGUGAUAACAAAUAUGAUGCAGGAGAACAUGGUCUACAGGAGGCCGAAAAAGGGGUGAAGUUUCUAACGUUCCCACCUGUAUUGCAUCUUCAACUCAUGAGGUUUAUGUAUGACCCUCAAACAGACCAAAAUAUUAAGAUCAAUGACAGAUUUGAAUUUCCAGAACAGUUACCACUGGAUGAAUUUCUCCAAAAGCCAGAUAGCAAGGAUCCUGCUAACUACAUUUUGCAUGCAGUCUUGGUGCACAGUGGAGACAACCAUGGAGGGCACUAUGUUGUUUAUUUAAAUCCUAAAGGAGAAGGCAAAAUAACUGCUGGAAGCAUUAACAGUGACGUAUGUUAUCAGGAUGAUGAAGACAAUGGGAAGUGGUGUAAAUUUGAUGAUGAUGUGGUGUCGAGAUGUACAAAAGAAGAGGCAAUUGAACACAACUAUGGGGGCCAUGAUGACGACUUAUCUGUGCGGCACUGCACGAAUGCUUAUAUGUUAGUUUAUAUCAGGGAAUCCAAACUUAGUGAGGUUUUGCAAGCAGUCACAGAUAAUGAUAUCCCUCAGCAACUUGUUGAAAGAUUACAAGAAGAAAAGAGGAUCGAAGCACAGAAAAGAAAAGAGCGACAAGAAGCUCAUCUUUAUAUGCAAGUACAGAUUGUGACUGAGGACCAGUUUUGCGGGCACCAAGGCAACGAUAUGUAUGACGAAGAAAAAGUUAAAUACACUGUGUUCAAAGUAUUAAAGAACUCAACACUGGCAGAAUUUGUUCAGAAUCUUUCACAGACCAUGGGAUUUCCACAGGAUCAAAUUCGGCUAUGGCCCAUGCAAGCAAGAAGUAAUGGAACAAAAAGGCCAGCGAUGUUGGAUUAUGAAGCAGAUUGCAGCAAAACUAUGAUUGAACUUAGUGACAAUGAAAAUCCUUGGACAAUAUUUUUGGAAACCGUAGAUCCAGAAAUGGCUGCUAGUGGGGCAACACUUCCCAAAUUUGACAAAGAUCGUAAGUAUGAUGUGAUGCUGUUCCUCAAAAUGUAUGAUCCUAAAAGUAGAAGCUUGAAUUACUGUGGUCAUAUCUACACACCAAUUUCCUGUAAAAUACGUGACUUACUGCCAGUUAUGUGUGAGAGAGCAGGAUUUCCGCAAGGAACUAACCUUAUCCUCUAUGAGGAAGUAAAACCGAAUUUAACCGAAAGAAUUCAAGAUUAUGAUGUUUCUCUUGAUAAAGCACUUGAUGAGCUUAUGGAUGGUGAUAUUAUAGUAUUUCAAAAGGAUGACCCAGAAAAUGACAGCAGUGAAUUGCCAACAGCAAAGGAAUACUUUAGAGACCUUUACCAUCGCGUCGAUGUCAUUUUCUGUGACAAAACUAUUCCCAAUGACCCAGGAUUUGUUGUAACAUUAUCAAAUAGAAUGAACUACUCACAUGUUGCAAAAACCGUUGCACAGAGACUUAACACUGACCCAAUGCUUCUACAGUUCUUCAAAUCCCAAGGUUACAGAGAUGGCCCUGGAAACCCCCUUAGACAUAACUAUGAAGGUACAUUAAGAGAUCUUCUGCAAUUCUUUAAACCUCGGCAACCAAAGAAAUUGUAUUAUCAGCAGCUUAAAAUGAAAAUCACAGACUUUGAAAACAGGAGAAGCUUCAAGUGUGUUUGGCUAAAUAGUCAGUUUAGGGAAGAGGAAGUAACACUAUAUCCAGACAAGCACGGUUGUGUACGAGAUCUUUUAGAAGAAUGUAAAAGAGCCGUGGAACUAUCUGAGAAAGGAUCGGGUAAAUUAAGGCUGCUAGAAAUUGUAAGUUACAAAAUAAUUGGGGUUCACCAGGAAGACGAGCUGUUAGAAUGUUUAUCACCUGCAACAAGUCGGACAUUUCGAAUAGAGGAAAUUCCUCUGGAUCAGGUAGAGAUAGAUAAAGAAAAUGAAAUGUUGAUCACAGUGGCACAUUUUCACAAAGAGGUGUUUGGCACAUUUGGAAUCCCAUUUUUGCUAAGGAUACAACAGAGUGAACCCUUCAGAGAGGUAAUGAAGCGGAUUCAAACUAUGCUGGAUAUUCAAGAAAAGGAGUUUGAAAAGUUCAAGUUUGCCAUUGUAAUGAUGGGUCGGCACCAAUACAUAAAUGAAGAGGACUACGAAGUGAGUCUAAAGGACUUUGAACCCCAGCCUGGUAACAUGUCCCAUCCCAGGCCUUGGCUAGGGCUUGACCACUUCAAUAAGGCCCCAAAGAGAAGCCGCUACACAUACCUUGAGAAAGCAAUUAAGAUUCAUAACUGACUCGCCUAACCAAGUUUAUCCAAGUCAAGGGACAAUUAAGUGUGUGUGUGUGUGUGUGCACCUUUUUAACAACGCUAGAACUUUGGUACACGUGCACUAUAUUUGAAGUCUACAGCAAGAGGAUUUGCUGCUGAUGUUAAUUUUAUUUUGUUGAGGCUGUUCCGUUUGGCUUCUCUGUAUCUAUCGACUGCCCUUUUUUUGAGGAAAACGAAGGUGUUUUUAUAAAGCUUGAAUGCCAAUAAGAUAUUUUACGGUAACCCAAAAGCGAGACGUAUUGACAGGAGAAGGCGGUAUGAGUUUAGCUGAACAAAUUAAUUCGGAACAACUGCUCCGCGGAAGAUUUUGUAGGAUAUGUAAAAUAGCAGGCUGCCGGCCAAUCCUGGUGUUAUCAUUCCACCAUCAUUGCAGCAAGUAACUUAUGUUUACACUCAAGACAGGUUUCCUCCCUUUCAAGAUAAUCGUGUGCAUUUGUAAAUGCAAUCCACACUUCAAUAAAUAGCAAUCUAUACUUCAUUGUGUACAUUGUUGCCACUUUUUUUGCAAAUUGACAAGUACUACCACACAAUAUCUUCAUACUGUCUCUCUACUUUGCUUCACCAACUUCCCAGAAGUUCUCCGUAAAACAUACAGCGCUGCCUGGUGGCAAAUUAGAGAGACAAAAUAGCAUUGGCAUAGCAUAUAUAAAUAUAUACAGAGGUUUGUGUGCAGAUCUAUAUUUUCAGUGCUAGUUCAAAACACCAUUAACAGCGUUAGAGCACAGAGGGGCAUGUAGUGUUUAGUGUAAGGAUAUGUUUGUACAAAGACUACAGGCCUGAUUCAAAAAUGUAUAUUUAAUAAAUGGACAUGUACAAAUUAACACACGGAGGUUCAUGUUGUUCGGUGAGUCUGCAAGUCUUUCACUGAUGUUGAUAUUCAUUGUAUGUAGUUAUCUCAUCGCCUUCCCCUCCUUCAAGCUUUUUAUUCUAAUUUUUGCCGUAAACACCUCGCUCACCCCCUUGCGUCAGAAAAUUUAUUUUGAAUUUAAAGGCAGCCGUGUGACCAGUUUGAGUGCAGUAAAUAGAUUACAGCCAUUCAACCCAAAUUGAGAUCCCCCUCCGGUUUAUUAUUUUAUUUUUCCUGUAGCAGCAGUGUACGACUCUACCUGUAUAUUGCCUUUUUGCUGGAAAAUGUUGUCUGUUGAAUAAAAUUUUCUAUAAAAUUGUCAGUGUGAUAUAAAAAAAAAAUGAGUGACAUGCAGAAUUAAGGAAGAUUUAUAUCCGUGCCCACAAGGAAUAAUGACUUAAAAUAAUUCAUUUUAGGUUGUAAUGAAUUAGUUUUUUGCAGAUUUUCUUUCAAUGCUGUUCAUAAUAAAAACAUUUUGUUUUCUUUC